AUGGGCGCGCUGGAGGCAUCGACUUUCGUCCCCCUCUUCAUCCUUCUACCUCAACAAGCAGACGCUACUGAAAGGCCUAACCGACCGACUACGAAAGCAUCUACUACACAGACCAUUAGUUUCUACACGUUUUCGAUAGGAGGCAGAUUCGAAGAUCAAUCCUUUCACAUGGCGUCUCAGCAAGAAGGAUCAAAUUCCCCUAGAACUCCAGGAGACUGGACCUCUGUCCCUUCUGACGGCGAAUCCGAGCCAUUCUCCAAUUCGAGCUCGCUUGAUGAACUGUUCGAGGAGCAUCGGUUGCACUUGACGGUCAACCCUCUUGAUCCAUUCAUACCCACCCUUGCCGAGCAGCACAGGUCUCCUCCCCGUGCAAUUUACUCAGAGCCGAGUAUAUACAUGUUUUCGACCAGUGCUAUUGUCCAAGAACCAAGUAUGGACGUGUCUCCACCGCCGUACCAAGAUUUCGAUUCCAAUUUCGUGAUCGACGUCGACCGGUUAGCCAAUUUAGAAACCGGCCUCAAAUUCAUUUCAAACGAACAAAUUGAUUGGGAGGACAAUUUCAAUCUUAUGUCUGACUCUUUCUUUGAUGAAGUCUUCAAUACAGGGGACUACAUCGACCUGGAUCCGGAUGAUGGACAGGAAUCAACGAUGAAGACGAAUGGUCCCGGCACCAUUUCAGAACCGGCUCUAGUUGAGGAACCCGCAUCUAGAACGGCGCAAACCUCCGGUAGGGAGCAAUCAAUCAUCUCGGAAAACGGGUUGGAUAUUGAAUUUGACAAUUGGAGCCAAGAGUUCCUCAAUAUGGAUCAGCAAUCCCUAGCCGACUGGGCUCAAAUGAUUGAUGUCAACUUGGACCUUCUCACUGAUUUGACCGAACCAGGUAUGUUCGUUUGCAAUCGUCCCCCCUCAUCCCAGCCCCAGCCAGCUAUGAAUACUUACCAGAAGUCAUCGUUUGAGAAUCCGAUUUCUAGCUUGAGCAAAGCGUCUGAGCAAGGAAGCAGCUCAGAUUCGUCUACUCAGCCGCUCUCUCCCCCAGGAUUCGUGAUUCUUGGUAGUUUUCUAAGCUCAGAAUCCAGGCUCGGUCAAUCUCAAUCUCAACCAUUGAUGUUCAGCUCGUUCCAGAGCUCUGCCCUCGGAAGACCCUGCUCACCGAAGUAUGUGCAACCAUCCUCGAAUGCACUGGCUCAGAGCGCCGACGCUUCUCAAUUCGACCUACCUCCAUUAGACUUCAGUGACAUACCUGUAGUUGACUUGGUCGCUCCAGAAUCAUCACCGUCCUCAAGAUCUGUCACCUUGACUCCCGGACCAACUGCAACGCCUACAACUCCGAGAUCCGAUAUCCCUGUCAGUAAAUCCCUCAAUGCGACGGAGCACAGACGCCGAUUGCGUGAGGAUUCAUUCAGUCGCUCUCGUGAAAAUCGUUUGGCUCCUUGUCGCCAGGAUCGGCGACGGCACCAGAAAUCUGAGAAUAUGCGAAAAGAAUUGACCUCGGCAUCGUCAAGCCAUGGUCCAGGGCAGGUUCGCAUGCAACACUCCAGCGCAUCGCCUCCGCCGGUGCCACGGAGCACGCGAUCGACCCUGCAUGUCAACAAGCGAUUCGACAACUUUCAAGACAAAGGCAAGCAUAAAGUUGAGGAAGACAUCAGUUCCCCAAACAACAAUUCAAAGCGCGCAUUGUACAGAGUCAUUCGAGACGGGCAAGUCAUAGGCUACUUCCACGAGUUCCGAUGCGACAGAUCAGAUAUUAUUAUUCAGAAUGGUCGUGUCUUCCGCGAGGUUCAGACCCAUAAGGGCAUCCUUCCCUCACCAAGAUCUGUGUCAAAUGCGAUUUCGAUUUCGACUUCCGCAGGUCCUUCCCGACGCUCAGAGCGUUUGCAAAUGCCUCCGCAGUCCACGGCCUCUUCUGCGGGUCUCUCUGGAUGCUCAGGACGUCUCCGACUGCCAGCACAAUCGAACUACAAGUCGAAGCUUAGACCUCGAGAUGGUCAUCGUUACUCAGAUACGGGAAUGAAUGAAUGA